UCUGUCCCCCAGUUGCGAUGCUGGCAGAAAGUGUCUUAAUUGGCAUUGCAUACCAAGAUGAAGUAUGCAAAUCCCACAAAUGCCAGGGACUGAAAGGAGCUGGAGAAAGUGACUGGCAAAACCAGCUGAUGGAUGCAAAUAGCAACGUCCGUAUCAGAUCUGAGAAGCACAUGGCUAAGAAGCAUCAGGAGACCUGUGGAAUGGCCAUUGAGAAAGAAAUUCCCCCGGGGAGUUCUGCACAAAAGUCCCCUGCAGAAGGAUAUGGCGAACAUCCUCUUUUGGCUUCUCAGUCAGCCCCUCUGUGUAUACCCAGAAAGGAGCCACCCUGCGAAAAAGAGUUGGAUCUGUAUAGGUCUUGGUCGAAUCAAAGUCUUUAUCAGCAGUAUCCCGAUCUGUAUAUUGGAGGAGAUCACAUUGCUGACCAUAUGUGCGAUUCGGGUUGCAUCAUGGACCAAACUGAUGACGAACCACCCGUUGGCCCCGUCUUGUUCUCGGAAGACAUCCCACCGGGCCAGUCGCCUCUCACGGAGCCUUCGCACAAAGGCAAGGCUGUAAAACUGUGGGCUGGCGACGAAGUCGGGGAGCGGAGCAUAACUCUCCACAGGCAGCCCCUUUCCAACUCCGUGAUCAACAACUACAUGGAAAAAAAGUUUCAGGAACUCUAUAAACAGUUUCUGGAUGAGAAGCUGACCAGGUGCGAUUCCAUCACGCACGACCUGCUGAGUCACAUUGGUGAGGCGAAUUAUCAGCUACCCUGUGAACAACAUGGGGAAGCAACAAAUGCCAGAAAAACUCUCGUCCGCUCUCUAGGUCUGCUCGGCUUGCAAGACCCCAGCCACGGGAACAGCUGUGAAUUCAGCACUCCUAAUCUACAAAUCUCUGGACUGCCUUGA